AUGGACCAGUCCGCGACUUCACAACGCAUCCCUGGCCUGCCCAACCCGGUUGUUGCGGCCGCACAAGAGAAAUGGAUGUUCACAGAUGAGGAGCUCGAGCGCACUCCGACGCGCCUCGACAAGAUCGAACGGGAAAAGGAGGAUUACAUUCGACACCGCGCAGUUGAGUUCAUCUGGCAGGUUAGCAUGAUGCUUAGGAUGCCUCCACAGACUUCGAUGACAGCCUCAGUCCUCAUGCAUCGGUUUCUCAUGCGAUAUUCCUUACGAGGACAAUACCCAGACCAGGCAGGGGAUCUCAUGCACCCAAAAGUGAUCGCAGCAGUGGCACUCUUUGUUGCAUUCAAGGUGGACGAGACGAUGCGACGGAUGAAGGACUUUGUAGUUGCAUGCUGUCGUGUUGCGAUGAAAAAGCCCGAUAUGGUGGUUGAUGAGCAGUCGAAGGAUUACUGGAAAUGGCGGGACCUCAUAUUGCAAAAUGAGAGUGUUAUGCUUGAAUUUCUUUGUUUCGACCUGCAAAUGGAGUCCCCCUACAAAGUGCUGUGGGAAUACUCGCUCUUCCUCGGGGUCCAAGAGAACCGACCCCUCCGACACGCAGCCUAUGCCUUCCUGAAUGACUCCACAUAUACAGUCCUAUGUCUCCAAUUCCCACCGCGCGUCAUUGCCGCAGCCGCCCUCUACGCGGCCGCCCGACACACCCAAGUCGCAUUCCCAGACGACUCCCAAGGCCGACCAUGGUGGGAACAGAUCGACGUGCGCAUCGAAGACCUCAUCAAAUCCUGCAAACUCAUUGUGAAAAUCUAUGAGCGUGUUCAACAAACUCUUAGCAAGGGCUACCCGGAUUUCACCUUCUCUGACACUGACCCCACGGACCCAACCCGCCUAUUCAACAGCAACCCAACCUCCUCCUCCUCCUUUGAACUCACCCCUACCAACUCACUCACAACGCCGGCCGGUGAAUCCAGUACACCAAACGGCCGCAAGCGUUCCCGCGAACCUGAGUCUCACUCCCAAGAGCAGAAGCAACCAACUCCAGCCCCGGCAUCUUUGAAUGGAGGGCGCUCGCCAAAGCGCCAGCGCACUGUAUCCCCAAUGCCGGGGACAACCCCCGCCGACAGCUCACAGACGCAAGCGCCAUCCUCCCGCCCACGCAUUCCAAUGCGAGCCAUGGAAACGCCAUCUGCCCAGAAAAUCGAACUCGCGAGCCCAACGGAGACAUCUGUACCCAAUCCCAAAGGAAAUACCAGCGCGGAGGAAGGCGAAAUCGAAGAAUAUAGGAGUGCUGCGCCUGAACCUAGUGACUCCCAAGUACCUCCGCCCACUCGGGAUGAAGGUGGCGGCAGCGAGGAAGGCGAGGUUUAG